GCUGGCGCCGCCUCGCUAAGUCCCUAUCGGUCCUCGCUCCCGUGCGGCCAUGGACUGAGCGCCAACCGGCUGCGGGGAUGGGGCCGCCGCUCCCGCUUUUGCUGCUGCUGCUGCUGCCGCCGCCACUGCCUCGCGCUCUGCCCGCCCCCGCGUCUGCCCGCGGCCGGCAGCUCCCGGGGCGCCUGGGCUGCUUGUUUGAGGAUGGCUUGUGUGGACCACUGGAGACCUGUGUGAAUGAUGGUGUGUUUGGAAGAUGCCAAAAGGUUCCAGCAAUGGACACUUACCGAUAUGAGGUGUCACCAGGAGCCCUGCUUCACCUGAGGGCCACCUUACAGAAGCUCUCCCGUACAGGUUUCUCAUGGCAAGAUGACUAUACCCAGCGUGUGAUUGCCCAGGAGCUUGCAAACCUCCCCAAGGCCUACCUAUGGCAUGGGGAAGCUUUCGGCCCAGCCAGGUCCUUACAACAGAAUGCUGAUAAUGAAAAAUGGUUCAGUCUGGAGAGUGAGGUGGCCCUGGCCAAGACCCUUCGGCACUAUCUGCCCUACCUGGAGCUUCUGUCCCAGGCCCCAACAGCAAAUGCACACCCCAGGAUAGACCAUGAGACUCGUCCAGCCAAGGGUGAGGACUCUUCCCCUGAGAACAUCCUGACCUACGUGGCCCACACAUCUGCACUGACCUAUCCUCCUGCCACCCGGGUCAAGUAUCCUGAUAACCUUCUGAGGCCCCUUAGCCGGUUCCAGCCAGAUGAGCUCAGCCCCAAGGUAGACAGUGACAUAGACAAACAGAAGCUGAUUGCAGCACUGGGUGCCUACACUGCUCAGAGGCGUCCUGGAGAAAAUGACCCAGAGCCACGGUACCUUGUACAUAGUCCUGUGAGAGCGCCAAGGCCGUUCUCAGCCAAUGCUUUGUCUCAGAGAUGGCCUCCACCUCCUGGAGACUCCAAAGACUCCCUGAGUAUGGGCGAUGACACACUCCUGCAGAGUCUCCUGAAGGAUCUGCAGCAACAGGCUGAAGUGGACCGCCUGGAGCCCCUGAAGUUGGAGGAGAAGGCAGACUCAGUUGCUGGAGCCAUACAAAGUGAUCCUGUAGAUGGAAGCCAAGAAAGCCAUGGAAGAGGGGCUGAAGGACAGCCGAGAGAGCAGGCACAUGCCCCAGAGGCAAUGCUUCAAGACCAAAGACUUUCAGAGGUGGAUGAUCCAGUGUACAAGGAGGUCAACCGUCUGAGCUUCCAGCUUGGGGACCUCUUGAAGGACUAUGGGUCUCCUCUGUUACCUGAAGCUCCUCUUCUGGAAAAACCCUCCAGAGAAGAGAUGAAGAAGUCAGAGCAGCCUGAGGAGGUCUUGUCUUCAGAAGAGGAGACUGCUGGGGUGGAGCAUGUGAGGAGCCGGACUUACUCCAAAGACCUGUUUGAAAGGAAGCCGAACUCUGAGCCCCAGCCCAGGAGGCUUGAGGAUCAGUUUCAAAACCGAGCUCCAGAGGUGUGGGAGGAUGAACAAAGCCUCAGGUUGGCAGCACAGGAACUCCCUGGUGGAGGCCUACAGCUGGAAGUGCAGCCUUCUGAGGAGGAACAGCAGGGAUACAUCCUCACAGGAAACAACCCUCUAAGUCCAGAGAAGGGGAAGCAGCUGAUGGACGAAGUUGCCCACAUCCUCCGCGUACCUUCCAGCUUCUUUGCAGAUGUCAAAGUUUUGGGACCAGCAGUGACCUUCAAAGUGAGUGCCAACAUCCAAAACUUGACAAUUGCAGAUGUCACCAAGGCCACAGUUGACAACAAAGACCAGCUGGAGAAGGCAACUGGAUUGACAGUUCUUCAAAGUGGAAUUAGGCCGAAAGGAAAGCCUAAGCUCCUGCCGCAUCAGCAAGAGCAAGAGGACUCUACCAAGUUCAUUGUGCUCACCUUCCUCUCCAUUGCCUGCAUCCUGGGGGUUCUCCUGGCUUCCAGCCUCGCCUAUUGCCUCCGCCACAACUCUCACUUCAAGCUGAAGGACAAAUUGUCUGGACUAGGAGCUGAUGCCAGUGCAGACGCCACUGAAGCCUAUCAGGAGCUAUGCCGCCAGCGUAUGGCUGUUAGGCCACAGGAUCGCUCUGAGGGACCACAUACAUCACGCAUCAACAGCGUCUCAUCCCAGUUCAGCGAUGGGCCGAUGCCCAGUCCUUCGGCUCGGAGCAGCACUUCAUCCUGGUCUGAGGAGCCUGUCCAGUCUAACAUGGACAUCUCUACUGGCCACAUGAUCCUGGCCUACAUGGAAGACCAUCUGAAGAACAAGAACCGACUGGAGAAGGAGUGGGAGGCACUGUGCGCCUACCAAGCAGAGCCCAACAGCUCACUUGUGGCCCAGAGAGAGGAGAAUGCACCCAAGAACCGUUCCCUGGCUGUGCUGACCUAUGACCACUCCAGGAUCCUGUUGAAGUCUGAGAACAGCCAUGGCAAUUCCGACUACAUCAAUGCCAGCCCCAUUAUGGACCAUGACCCACGAAACCCCGCAUAUAUUGCCACCCAGGGCCCACUUCCCGCCACGGUGGCCGACUUCUGGCAGAUGGUGUGGGAAAGCGGCUGUGCCGUCAUUGUCAUGCUGACACCCCUCUCAGAGAACGGCGUCCGGCAGUGCCAUCACUACUGGCCUGAUGAAGGCUCCAACCUCUACCAUGUCUAUGAGGUCAAUCUAGUCUCUGAGCACAUAUGGUGCCAGGAUUUCCUGGUGAGAAGCUUUUACCUGAAGAACCUGCAGACCAACGAGACUCGCACAGUGACCCAGUUCCACUUCCUGAGUUGGUAUGACCAGGGAGUCCCUUCCUCCACGAGGUCACUCCUGGAUUUCCGCAGAAAAGUGAACAAAUGCUACCGAGGCCGUUCUUGUCCGAUAAUUGUCCAUUGCAGUGACGGAGCUGGCAGGAGUGGAACCUACGUCCUGAUUGACAUGGUUCUCAAUAAGAUGGCCAAAGGUGCUAAAGAGAUUGAUAUCGCAGCGACCCUGGAGCACUUGAGGGACCAGAGACCAGGCAUGGUCCAGACAAAGGAGCAGUUUGAGUUUGCGCUGACGGCUGUGGCUGAGGAGGUGAACGCCAUCCUGAAGGCCCUUCCCCAGUAGGCGCUGAAGCUGGAGCUAGCGGGACCCCACCACGAGUGCUUCCAGGGCCACAACAGAAUAUCAUUUCUGCAUCUUCUGUGUAGUAACAGGGUCCUUCCUUCGGGCUCCACAGUCAGUGCAGGUGGCUGGUCAUGAGUUCUCCUGACCAGCCAAAUAGCACCUGUGUGGAAACCUAGUCAGGAAGGAAGGGAGCACUCAGCUUACUUGUAUCACAGUCUUGACAAAAUUCCUUUUCCCUAAAGCACACUUUGACAUUGUCACAUCAAUGACACAGUAAUUAGAAACCCACUGUGGCCUCCUCGGGAGUGUGCUUAUGUCUGUAAAUUGCUGGAGAGGGAGGGAGUGGAUGGGAUAGACAACCAGCCAGGCACCUGUUGGGAAACACCAGGUGUAGAAUCACAUUUGGUGUUUGCCUGUAAGACAAUCUCAUCAUCAGGGGAAACCUUUAAGGAAAAGAUCAGUGUCCCAAAUGAAAAGAGUAUUAUCAUGGAGUUCUGCCUGUUCCUGCUGGUGUACUCUCAACACACCAGUUGACUGUAUCCACCACAUGUAGAUUCUUUUUUUUUUUUUUUUUUUUUUUUUUGGUUUUUUGGUUUUUUGGAUUUGGUUUUUUUCGAGACAGGGUUUCUCUGUGUAGCCCUGGCUGUCCUGGAACUCACUCUGUAGACCAGGCUGGCCUCGAACUCAGAGAUCUGCCUGCCUCUGCCUCCCAGAGUGCUGGGAUUACAGGCGUGUGCCACCACCGCCCAGCCACAUGUAGAUUCUAAGGAUAGAAAAAAAAAAGAGGGGGUUCCCCAGGGUAGACACCUUAACCCUCCUGAAGUAUGGGUGCUGUAUCUGUUCCAAAAGCAAGGACCCAGAUGAUAGCCUCACCUUUGCAAAGUUAUAGAGGAACCUGCCCCUUGGUACAUUUUUAAUAUUAGGAUUCUGUUUUCUGCAUUGCAAGAGCAGGCACCCAUAGUAUACUUUUGUUGAAGUUACAGAACCAGAAUGAGUAUGGUUAUUUAGCAAGUGCCAAGGGUCCCCAGUGUAAGUGUUUCCCAUUCAGCAUCCCCAGGAAGCACCCCAAUGGUACUGAAAAGUCUCUGAUGCUCCUGCUCCUAGAGAGAAGUCUGGGAAGCCCCUUUGGCUCUGCCUCCUGCAUUCUCCCAGAUGACUUAGUGAAGCACAUUCUUACUGGAUGAUCCAAUUUGCCAAAACAUUUGGGCAUUGCACUUACCACCUGCCCACGCAUAGGAAGUACACUUCAGAAAGUGCAAGGCGCUGGCACCCAGAGGCGUAGAGGGCAUUGCUGUAAGUCCUAGUUUGUAGGGUUGACUAUGGAAAAGCCCAUCUCCUGUGUCCCAUUGCUCUGUCCCUUUAGCCUUGACAUUUCAAGUUGUGGUGUGUAACGGAGGUGGCUGCGGAGCGGGAAGUGAUGCCACAGUGUGUCAUGUCUCUAGUUGUAUUGUAUACCUGCUUAACAUCUGUGACAUUUCUCUCCCAAGUCAUUUCCCUCUUCCCAGAAUUUAAAUGAUAAUUAAUAGAAAUGAAUUUAUCUGAAUAUAGGAAGCAUAUACUUAAUUGUAACUUCUUAUGUUUAAAGGAAAAUCCUCAGUGUGAUAUACAGAUAUA